AUGUCCACUAAAAGCCGAAGCUCUUCCAAAGAAAAAAAAACCUCGAAAAAAGAAAAACCUACAAAGAAAGAGAGCAAAAAAGAGAAGAAGAUAAAAGAGAAGAAACCGAAAACCCCAGAACCAGAACCAGAAUAUGAGGAUGAUUUCGAAGAAUAUGAAGAUGACUUUGAAGAAGACGAAGAUGAUCAAAUUGACGAUAAAAUUUCGAAAACUGAAGAAAAACGAGGAAACAAUGAAGAGAAAGAAGUUCCAUUCGAAAGUAAUCUCAUGCAAAGGCUGGCGACUAGCCAUAUGAGGAGAACAGAAAACGCUCCAAAACCACCAGUUGUACCCAAAAUAUCGACUGCUCCAAUAUCAUUUCAGUCUACAAUUGACAAUAAACCGUACUCCUACCACAACGAAGAAGAGAGAAAAACUCAAGAACAGAGAGCAUUUGGAAGGUUGAAUAAACUGCGAGGACUCAUAAGUAUUGAGGUGACCAAAAGUCAAGUGUUUACUGAUAUUUCAUCGAAUAUAUUUGAACCACUGUCUUCUCUUCCUUCAAAUAAAGCACAUGCAUUCACACAAACUGGAAAAGAUGUUAAUACAGAAGAAGUUCAAACUGAAAAAGGAGAAACAGAAGAUAAAGAAACACAAUGCCCACAUUCAGAAAGUAUGAGACUAGAGGAUGGAGCAAUAGAGAGAGAAAGAACUGCAAUUGAUAGAGCUCGGCUGAAAAAGUUUUUCUUCGCUGCAACUCAGACUAUUCGUGAAAUUCUGAUAAGUGAUGAGAAAACCGCUGAAGAAGAUGAGACAAGUGAGAAAUCAGUUUCAAAGUUUUCGAGAGGAUUCAAUCCGUUUCGUCUCUGUCAAGUUGUUUCAAAAUGUAAAGCAACAUGUAUCAAAAAAGGAGAAUCCGAUAGCGUUCUUGUUGCAUAUGAAAUUUUUGAAUCACCAGCUCCAGAUUUGAUAAACAAAAGUUUAAUUGCGGAGUUUUAUGUUCAUAAGAGGAGACCACCAAAAAGGCUUUUUGUUGUGGAAAGUGUUGUGUCAGCAAUGGAAUUGAGCCAGUCAACUCAAACGCUUUAUGUCUGUUUAAUGGACGGCACAUUUUGUGCAUUUGAUUUGUCAAUUACUGAUGCAUAUUUUGAUGACAAUCUACCUUGGGUUGAUUCGGAAACUAACAUUGCUCUUCGUCGUCCCACAUUCGAUUCUUCUUUUUUGGCAACUACGAUUUCAGAUGCAACACCCUUGAUUGGGAUUACUGUAGUGAAGUCAAACAUGGGAGAAGAUAUAACAACAAUCGAUUCAUCUGGAACAAUUUCGUAUUGGGUGGCUAAUCGAAUCGAGAAAAAUGAGCUCCGUGUACUGUUGACAGCUGUCAUUCGUCCUCAUCCUGUUCUCAAACGACAUUCGUCAACAUUUGCUGUUUCUGCAUUCUGUUAUACAACUAAUCCUUUGAGAUUUUUCAUCGGAACAGACACAGGAAUGAUGUAUUCCGUUUAUAAGUCAGACACUUCUCAAGCUAUUCCGAAGAUUUUCAAAACUGAGAAAGAAAAGUACGGAGAGGUUACUAUGAUUACUGCCAAUCCAUCAGAUAACUCAAUUGGUUUUUCAAACGGAUCGAUUUCUGUCUACCGUGCAUCUCAAACGUCAGCAAUCGUCAACAUUCCGACAGCUGACUUAUCAACACGUGUCACGUGGCUUACUUGGAGUCUCACAAAUCCAUCUGGUUUCUAUGCAAUUCACAACGGAAAUAUAACAACUUUUUGGGAUUUAGGAUUCAAGUUAUCGCCAAAAAGUGUUGAUCACAGAACGGAUUCUAUUCAAGUACUUGCAUUUGAUACGUGGCUCUCAGAGAGUGCGAGAAUAGGAUAUAUGGCAUUUGGAUUAAGUAAUGGAGAUUCCGAAGUUCACGUUCUAGAAGAUCCAGCAAGAAAGAAUCAAAAUGAAACUAUCUUGGAUGUGUUGAGAAGAAUCAAAAAUCUAUAA